GUACGCGUGGAACAUCGCGGUGUCCAGCUGCGUUGCUGCUGCUGCUACUGCUGCAAGUUGUAUUCAAUGCCUCUCGCAAUGAACCACAUCUCUGCGUGCACAACAAAUACAGCCGAAAUGUCCCACACGUCAGGAGCUCACAACAUCCUUUCCGUGCGGCGUUCGCACCAACCGCAACAUUGCUGCCAAAGAAACCACUCUGUCGCUCGCACCUGCAUCUUCCGCUACACGUCUUGACGUCAAAGGUUGAGGAUUGUCUGCAAUGGCGACGAGGGCAAGAAGUGGCAGCAGCAAUCCUCGCUCUCGAUGGAUCAUCCACGGUCGCAAUCGAGCACUGCAUGGGACUGAUAUCAUCGCUCCUGCUCCUCCUACAAUGCACACAAAAUCACGAUCAUCACUUUGAGAAACCCGUCUCCCGUCGUCGCAGCUCCAUUGAUCAACGCCUGCAUAUAUGUAUGCCGGACUGGAGCCUCCGACUGAAUGUUGAUCGCCCGUGGUGCCGUGACUUGACCGAAUCCAUUCUAACUUCAAACUUUGAGUUGCAGCUUUCCCGAUUCCAGGUGGGAAUUAUCCGGCAUUUGGACUGCCCGCACACGCACGCUGCACCAACCCGUCGCACCUGUCCAGGCGCGCUUUGGGCUCGACUCCGAUCCCCCAAUCGCAGCAUCGUGAAGUUCAGAGGCCAUAAGGGCAAACACCACUGCCGUCGACCUCCCAUACUCAUCCAGAUCUACCGGUCCGUUCACGGUUCCUGCUGCUUACUCUGUGACGCGUACGCACACACAGACACACACGCGCACACACACACACACAUCUCGCACUUGCAUCUUGCCCUGAGCUGAGCCGAGAUCAUCUCCACGCAACAAGCCUAGCUGCCCCGCGCCUCCCCAACCGGUCCCGCCUUCCCGUUCUUCCCGUUCCGCAACGGCUCGUCCGGGUCCACUUCGCACCUGCUUGCCUCUCCCCCCUCGCUCUGGUUUUCUUGUCACUU